AUGGCCUCUGGUCCAUGUGGUGGCGUCGCCGGCGCUGCUCCGCGGGGAGGUAAAGGUCCGGGGCAGCGGCGGAUGCUGCUCAAGGGCCUGCGCAUGGGCGCUCAUGUCUUCAUCCGCUACAGGGAGAAGAAGGGCCCGGGCGUUGUUGAGGAGCGGCUGGACUUCGAAGGCACCAUCGCCGACAAGCGUGUGGGCUGGGACAACCGGGAGUCCUACGUGGAGCUCAAGGAGUGCAUCAGACUGAAUAGAGACGGCGAGAUCAUCGAGAUCGUCGGAAAGAAGCAGCUUUUCGACGCCUUCAUUGAGGAAGUCGAGGUGGUCGAGAAGACCGAACGCCGGCUCUCCGCGGAGCUCCAGGCCGCCCAAAGCGCCCAAAGGGCCAAAGCCAAGAAGACGCCGGCGCAUGGCCCUGGGGCUCAGGUGGCGCUUGGCUCUGUCCCACAGGUGGGCGGCGCAAAGGGCGAGGACAGCGACAGCGACGACGGGGUAACUCCCGGCAUGCUUCCGGGCAUGAUGUUCGGCAUGGGAAACAUGGGACCCAUGGGAAUGGGCAUGAUGCCCAUGGGCAUGCCAAUGGGCAUGGGCUUCAUGCCGAUGAUGCCCAUGGCGAUGCCCAUGGCCAUGCCCGGCAUGACCAUGAUGCCCACGGCGCCGACGCUGCCCGGGCCCAUGGCUGCUCCCGGCAUGGCCCCUGGCGUGACGGCGGCCUCCCCACCGGGAGGUGCGCUGUCACCGGGUCGGCCGGCGCCGGGCGGACCCGAAGCACGGAGUCGCAGUCGGAGCCGCUGA